AUGGAUCCAGCUUCCUGGACCGGGUUGGUGAGGAAGGUGUACACUACAGCACAGGACAUAUGCCGGGAACGUGGAGCUCCACAAAUCGACCCGCUUCACCUCUUAGCUGCACUCCUACAAGAUCCGCAGCAGCUCCCUACCCAGGCGCUGCGGAGGGUCGGUGCUGACCUGCCACUUCUUCAUGAACAAGUAGAUCUCGAAAUUUCGAAGUUCCCAGCACAGAAUCCCCCACCGGAAUACAUAGGGCCCAACCAUGCAUGCACAGCUGUGUUUCGCCAGGCGAAAACCAUUCAGACUGAGAUGAAGGACACUCACCUAGCGGUUGACCAUUUGCUGUUGGCGGUAUGUGAAAACCGCACGGUCAAGCAUGCUCUUCAGGCAGCUGGCUGCGAUUUCAAGAAGUUGAAGGAAGUUUGCAUGAAAAUUCGCGCCGGAGCGCGAGUGACAGGCGAAGGGGCGGACCAGAACUUCGAUGCGCUAACGAAAUAUGGAAUAGACUUCACUGACUUAGCAGAGCAGGGGAAGCUGGAUCCUGUGAUUGGUAGAGAUGAGGAAAUCAGAAGGGUCAUUCGCAUUCUUUGCAGGAGAACAAAGAACAAUCCUGUCCUAAUUGGCGAGCCAGUGAUAUCGCUUGACUUGGGAGCUCUCAUUUCUGGAGCUAAGUACCGCGGGGAGUUCGAGGAGCGCCUUAAAGCAGUAUUGAUGGAGGUAAAGAAUGCAGAGGGUUCGGUUAUUCUCUUCAUUGAUGAAAUUCACAUGGUCAUGGGGGCCGGCAAGACAGACGGAGCCAUGGAUGCUGCAAAUCUUUUAAAGCCAAUGCUCGCAAGAGGGGAGCUUCGUUGCAUUGGGGCAACGACUCUCGAUGAAUACCGAAAGCACGUGGAGAAGGACGCUGCUUUUGAGAGACGCUUUCAGCAGGUGCAUGUUCAUGAGCCAUCUGUCUCGGCAACUAUUUCUAUUCUUAGAGGCUUGAAAGAUCGCUAUGCUGCACAUCACGGCGUGCGAAUAUUGGACAGUGCCCUUGUAGAGGCGGCUCAGCUGGCGGACCGGUACAUUACAUCCAGGUUUCUACCUGAUAAGGCCAUAGAUCUCAUGGACGAGGCUUGUGCCAUCGCUCGCGUCCAGGUUGACAGCAAGCCGGAAAUUAUGGAUCGCCUGGAACGACUUAUAUUCCAGCUAGAGGUUGAGGCGACAGCCUUGUCAAAAGAAAGCGAUGCUGCGUCUCAAGAGCGCCUCACAGAGGUCCGACAAGAGAUUGCAAAACACAGGGAAACACUGAAACCUCUUCAGCUCCAGUACACCCGCGAAAAAGAAACGCUUGAUGAGUUGCGGCAGCUUGCUUUGAAAGAGGACGAGUUGAAAGCAAAGAUUGAAAAGGCUGAGAGGCUCGGUCAAAUGGACCUCGUGGCAGAGCUGCGGUAUGACGCACUUCCUGGACUCCAGAAACGUCUGAUGGAGUUGCGCAAGGUGCAGGAGACGUAUGAGAAAACGCACAAGCCUUUGUUAACAGAGGUAGUUGGUCCGGAGCAGAUAGCUGACGUUGUGCAUCGCUGGACGAAUAUUCCCGUGCAGAAGUUGACGCAGACAGAAAAGGAGAGACUGCUACGCCUCAAAGAAAAGCUGUCACAGCGUGUCGUUGGCCAGCUUCCAGCUGUAAUCGCAGUGUCUGAGUCCAUAUUGAGAUCAGCUGCCGGCCUCGCCAGGCGCAAUAAACCCAUCGGAAGUUUCCUUUUCCUGGGCCCGACCGGCGUCGGGAAGACAGAGUUAUGCAAAGCUGUGGCUGAAGAGUUAUUCGACACAAAGGAACGAAUUGUGCGACUGGAUAUGUCAGAGUACAUGGAAGCUCAUUCUGUUGCCAGACUUAUUGGGGCGCCACCGGGGUACGUUGGCCACGAAGAAGGCGGGCAACUUACAGAGGCAGUCAGGCGCAAUCCCUACUCAGUGGUGCUACUGGAUGAAGUGGAGAAGGCUCAUCAUCAAGUGUGGAAUGUACUCCUCCAAGUGCUUGACGAAGGGCGCCUCACUGACUCUCAAGGUCGCACUGUUGACUUCUCAAAUUGCUUGCUCAUCUUGACCUCCAACAUUGGUGCCCAUCAUCUCCUGGCAGCAUCGGAAAAAUGCUCCAUAGCUGGCCCGGAAAAAGCAGAGGCGAUCUUCGCUGAAGCUUUUGCAAAAGUGAUGAAGGAAGUGCGGCAAUUGUUCAGACCGGAACUGCUCAAUCGCCUGGACGACAUUGUUGCCUUCAAAGCGCUGAGCGAUAGCGAUCUCAAAGCGGUGAUGCGGCUUCAAGUCGAGGAAGUUCGGCACCGCCUUCGCGAGAAGCGCAUUGACUUGCAACUGACCGACAGGGCGUUGGAACAUGCUCUAGAAGAAGCGUUUGAUCCAGCAUUUGGGGCUCGACCCCUCAAGCGAUACCUCGAGAAGCACAUCGUUUCUGAACUCUCCGUCAUGCUGCUCAGCGGGAACUUGGGGCCAGAUCAUGAAGCCAUAGCCGACUGGAGUGACGAAGAAAACAAGUGGAAGUGGCGUAUCACCCGCCUGCAUGCAACAGAGGGGGAGGGACAAAACGAGAUGGAGACAGACGCUUUCGGAGACGGGCUAGCCCGGUCAAUUUCGCAAAGCAGUCGCACAAGCUCGUAUACGGGGCGGUCCGAGGCAAUGCAUGCGGCGAAUACAAAACGAUUCAGGUACUAA